AUGGCAGUCCGCGCGCAGUUCGAGAACAACAACGACAUUGGAGUGUUCUCCAAGCUCACAAAUUCCUACUGCCUGGUCGCCCUGGGCGGGUCGGAGAACUUUUACAGCGUGUUUGAGAGCGAGCUCAGCGACGUGCUGCCGGUGAUCCACACAACAAUCGCCGGCACGCGCAUCAUCGGCCGCCUGACUGCGGGCAACCGCCGCGGCCUUCUGCGCGUGGAGGAGCGCCUGAGCGCCCUGGGCAACGUGAUCGCAUGCAAUGACUACGUGGCCCUGGUGCAUCCGGACUUGGACCGCGAGACCGAGGAGAUCAUCGCUGAUGUCUUGGGCGUCGAGGUGUUUAGGCAGACGGUGGCGGACAAUGUGCUGGUGGGCUCGUACUGUGCGAUUUCGAACCAGGGCGGUCUGGUGCAUCCGCGCACCAGCGUGCAGGACCAGGACGAGCUGUCGAGUCUUCUGCAGGUGCCGCUGGUGGCGGGUACGGUGAACCGCGGAUCGGAUGUCAUUGGCGCCGGGCUGGUGGUCAACGACUGGACUGCGUUUGCCGGCAUGGACACUACCUCGACUGAGCUCAGCGUCGUCGAGAGCAUCUUCAAGCUGCAGGACUCGCAGCCCACGGCUAUUGUCAAUGAGAUGCGCGACUCGCUGAUCGACCACUACUCGUAG